CCGUAGCAUAGCAACUUGGCAACUUGGCAACUCGGCAACAAUCAUCCUCUGCCUCUGCCGAACUUUCAGCUACCUGUCUGAGAUGUUAUCGAUUACAACGUUGCCCAAUCGCUACAUACUGUCGGUAGGAUCGACAAGGAACCGUCGCAGCUAGACAAAGGCUUGGCCAGGACGCCGCGCCUCGAAAUCUUGCCUUAAGCUGCUCUAGCUUGCUUGUCCCAAGCCUCUGUAAGACGUAAUUACCUAAUAAUUAACGUCGCUCGUGUAGGACGGGAGAGCUAUACAUAGGUGUACAUAUACAAGCGAACCUGCUCUUCUCGCAUGAGGUCUCUUGUUUUAUCUACACUUAUACUGACCAUCCAAGACGAAAAGACACUACCAUGGGGCGCUCGCUUGUACUUACGCAGGCGCUCCUCGCGUUUGCGACUUUGAGCUCGGCACUUACUGUGACUAUUCCAGGAGUACCUUCGCUAAAACUAACCGGGUCGAAGCUACUUCCCAAGAGAAGCGUGAAAUCAAAUUCUACGGAUAGCAUCUCGUGGGGACCGUGUCCGGAUUCGUUCCCCUCUAACAUCACAUGCGCCACCUAUACCGUGCCGUUAGACUGGGCGCACCCGCAGGGCAAUGAGACGAUAGAGCUAGGUCUAGUCCGCAUCGAAGCUCGCGACAAGAGCAAUCGAAUCGGAAACCUAUUCGUCAACCCGGGCGGCCCAGGAGGGCAGGCCACCAGCCUCGUCGCGACGCUUUCCACGGUACCAGGUGUCGUAGACCCGCAGAUCCUCGACCGCUUCGACGUGAUCGGUCUGGACCCUCGAGGAGUCGGCCUCAGCACUCCGGUGCAGUGUGACACGGCCGCGUACAAUAAGCGCAUUACGUGGCUUCCCAAGACGCAGGCCGAGUAUGACGCGCUCGUCGCGUAUAACAAGGAUCUGGGCGAGAGUUGUCGUGCUAAGACAGGUCGCUUAAUCGAUUUCGUUGACACUAUCAGCGCUGUCCGGGACCACGAGGCCGUACGCAAGGCUCUGGGCGGUGAGAAGGCUAACUUCCUGGGCCUAUCGUACGGCACGCAGUUGUUCAGUCAGUAUGCCGAGCUAUUCCCUGACGGUAUCCGCGCUUUAGUACUGGACGGCAAUCUUCAGCACUCUCAAUCGGAGGUCAGCAACCUUCUCAUCGAGGAAUCCACGUACGAGGCCACGCUCAAGAAUUUCUUCGCUUGGUGCGCCGAUGCGUCCAAGGACGUGUGCCCGCUAAGCGGCCAGGAUGUCCGGGCCAAGUUCGAAAGCAUAAUAGCCAAGGCAGCUAAAUCUCCUAUCCCGGCCCCUGGCUGCGACGACAAGGUCUGCCGCUCCACCGUGACGGAGGAAGAUAUACGGUUCAACGUCCAACCAUACCUAAUCUCGCCGGCAUUGUGGCCCUCCCUGGGCCAAGCCAUCGCCGACGCCGACGCCGGCAACGCGACGUUGAUCUCGCAGCAGCAGCCCCUAGUAACAGGUGACGCAUACGAGGACUCCUCGCUACUCGCCGGCACAGCAAUCGCUUGCCAAGAUUGGACGCACGCCUCGUCCUCUCUCAGCGACGUGCAGGCCAAAGCAACUCUAGGCGCCAUCUUCAAUCCCCUGACCGAGGGUGUAUGCCAGAGCUACAAGAUCCAGACCUCGUGCAUCGGGUGGCCCGCCGCCUUGACGAACCCGCCGAAGCCCGUAUCAUACAAGGGCGACGUAAAGAUCCUGAUGCUCCAGUCGACAUUCGAUCCCUCGACGAGCUACGCUUGGGGACUAGGUCUACACGCGGAGAUCGGGAGCGACCGCUCUGUGCUGCUUACGCGUAACGGCACCGGCCACACGAGUUACUUGUCAGGUGGCGCGACAGCAGCCGCGGCCAACGCGUAUCUUUUGAACUUGACGCUACCGGAGCCAGGUACGGUUUUGCAGUCGUGAGCAAGACUCGUGGGUGGUUGUGGUGUAUGAGUUAUGUAUAUGGAUUAACUAAGUGUAUAUGGUGUGAGGUGAAUCCGGGCUAUACGGAAUUUCAAGGGUACAUACCUAAUACAUUGGAAGAGCAUCAACAGAGUACAUGUUUCUUCUUCUUAAUUAAUCGUCUUGUUCCCAAGACAUUAGAACUACAAAUCGUCCUGCAUAUGAAUUAGGUAGAUGUGAGAGA